AUGGCAUCGCGACGCCGCAUAUCCAACUCUGAUCCCAACAAUUCCAUCUCCAGCGACAUGGCCGCCUCUACGAGCCACGAUCAGGACCAGGGCAAGAGUCAGGUCCUAAGACACAACCCGCCAUAUCUCCCGACACCCCUCGAGCGAAUAGCCCUCGGCAUCUUCCCCGCGAUCCUCGUCUUCGGCACCAUCUUCUCCGUCCUCUCGCCCGACAUCCGAGCCGCUGAAUAUGACCACGUGUCGCAGUCGCACCACCAAGACCCGAGCAAGGCGCCCGGCUACUUUGCCCGCAAGAACAACGUCUUCAACGUCUUCUACGUCAAGCGAGGCUGGGGAUGGAUCACCUUUGCCUUUGUCUUUUCCCUCCUCGUGCAGCCCACCGGCAAGACGCCGCCUGCAGUCGUCUUGAUGAGGAGAAUCCGCGCGGGGCUGCGGUGGGUGGCCGUCACGGGCUGGUGGUUCUUCGUCACGCAGUGGUUCUUUGGCCCGCCCAUUAUUGACCGCAGCUUUCGGUGGACUGGCGGCAAAUGCGAGCUGGCCCAGCGAGAGGUUGCCAUGGGAGAUGGUUCCGUGAAAGAGAUGUUGACGGCCGUGGCAUGCAAGGCGGCUGGGGGCAAAUGGAAGGGAGGCCACGAUAUCUCGGGGCACGUUUUUCUUCUGGUACUGGGAACUGCGUUUUUGAUGCAAGAGGUUGGCUGGGCGGCUCUAAGAUUCAGCGGAUCGCUAGCCGAAGAGAGAAGCAUUGUCGUUCCUGACGGAACUGUUCAGAGCGCCAGUGUAGAGUCAGAGUCUGCUAUAGGAGAGGGUAAGGGAGAGGCCGUGUUUAACAUCUCAGGAAAGACGGCCAUAGGCAUCAUGUCAUUGAACCUGUGGAUGCUGCUGAUGACAGCCAUAUACUUCCACACGUGGUUUGAAAAGCUUACUGGGCUUUUGACCGCCAUCGUAGGGAUAUACACCAUCUAUUAUGUGCCUAGAUUUGUACCGGCUGUUCGAGGAUUGAUUGGCUUGCCCGGGAUAUAG